AUGCAGGCACCACCAUCGACAGCCAACGGCAGAUCAUGGUCAUUUUGGAAUCCUCGCGGUCCAUUGUCUGAUCCCGAGAAACAGCAGCAAGUUCCCGCAACUGAGUUGCCUACCAGUGCGAAUUCGUUUGUAGUAGGCGGAGGAUGGAGCGCAAACACUCAGGGGUCGUCUCCAUCCGCGAAAUCUCUCCGGAUUACUGUCGGCAGAGAUAGUGUCCAGAGAGUCUUUCGCCUCCCCAAGGACAAACUCUGCGCCUGCUCCGAUUACUUCAGAGAGGCCUGUGGAAAAUGGGGCUCGAGCGAUAACCUUGAGCUUCUCGAUGAUAAUCCCGUUGUUUUUGAUCUAUUUUCCAAGUGGGUACAGAACCAACAACCCCCGACCCCUUACGACCCGGCUAGGACUUCAGCUGCUGAACCAUGGGUGUCGAAUGCCGCCGCCGCCUGGGUCUUGGGGAAAAAGUUGCGCUCCGCAGAUUUCAAGAAAUAUGCGCUUUCAAUGUUCAUCCAAACCUGUGCCUUGGCAACUUUUGGGCCGUGGGAGUACGUCGAAAGGGAAGCCCCAGCGGAUUCCCCUAUACGGCGCUUCAGUGAUCAUUGGGUUGCAUGGAAUUCCUACCUAGCUGGGAAGCAGCCAAACGAGUACUCUGGUCUGAAAGGAGCCUCCCGGACAUUUAUGGCGAAUAAAGAGACUCGAGAUCCGCGGAUCUAUGGCAUCGAUCAUUGGUAUUUGAGUUGUGGAAAGUUGAUGAAUCCAAAGUGUGAUCAUGAUCCUGAAGUUGUCCAACAAAAGGCCAUGGACGAUGCAAGAAGGGCCAUAGUACCGCAAGCAGAUUAUGGGCGUGAUAUUGAAACUCGGACAAAGGCGAAUAAACCUUCUGGGGGUGGUUUGGCGCACACCAGACCAUACUACGGAAAUAUGUACUCUACGCCAACCACCUACUACCAAAAGCGUCGAGGUGGCUGUGCCACCACCGUUAUAGCACUUCUCUGUGUAGGCUCCUCACUCUCCCAUAUGCCCAAACCAACAUAUGCUUACCUAUCAUGA